AUGGCUGAACUUGCUCUCGUUGCGUCCAUCGUCCAGGUUGCUGAUAUUGGUGUUCGGUUGAGUCUCCGCCUCUAUGCAUUUGGGGAGACAGUGGCAAGCGCAGACCGCUCGAUUCUUGCAAUAUCGAAAGAUGUCUCACUAACAUCCUCCGUACUCAAAGAGCUAGGUCAAACGUUCAACGAGGACGCGGAUCGCGUACGUUCCGACAAUGCUAUCCGUACUGCGGAGGGCGCUGCGCGGGAGUGCUCAAGUGUAUUUCAAGAGAUGGAUGAUAUGUUGCUGAAAAAAGUGCCAAUUUUACAAGGAGGCAAUGUGGACAAAGCUUCUCGAUCCAAGAUCGUCCUCGAGCGCUUGCGAUGGCCUAUGAUCAAGGACAAAAUAGAGCUUUUGAAUUGCAAUCUGGACAGGAUCAAAAGCACGUUGACACUUAUGCUCAUGGUGAUCAUCUAUGCUCGACAAGCCUCUUCAAGAAGAGUCGAAGCGCCUGACGUGCUGGCACAACAGCAACAGAUGAUCGAAGACUUGGCUCGCGCAAAUGAAGAAAGAAAACAAGAGUAUCAUGCUCUUCAGCGUACUUUAUGUCAGAGCGAAUCCCGACCAAGACCAUUCGUUCAGCCGCAACGUACUGCUCCUCAGCCAAGCAUUCCCGCGAUCUCGGCGCUUACUAUAACCCCUACUCAAUCUGGCAGCGGUUUUCAAAAAGGGUUCAGUAGAAGUACAGAGCCGAAAAGACUGGAUCAACUCCUGUCAGAGUUUACCCGACUCAAGAGCAACCUGAUAAGCGAAACGUAUUCUAUAGAAUAUCAAAUUGAGGCGGAAACUAGAUCAUGUUUCGUCGACAAGAUCGUCUCUGCACAUCAUGCCGAGAAUGAGCGCGUGAAAGAAAGAUUUGAGAUGCCUCGGCAGGUGCUACUGCCCAAAGCUGGUUCCGAUAUGGAAUGGGAAUAUCCUUGCAGACCGGCAAAUCAGUCUGACACAGAAAAUGAGGAGGAUGAUAAAAAACUAGUAGGACGACGCAAGCCUGCUAGGAUACACUCAAUGCCGUAUCCCCGAUGUUUCCGCACUGCUGUAAUAUCUGACGACGGAUAUUCGGACGAUCAAUCUCUAAUCGACCUUGAAGAUGCAGCAGGAGUUGGUGGAACACAAGCCACUCUUGGAGGAAAGGAGAAGCCGAAAGAGAUGCCGGCCGAGAGUAGGCAUUUGGCCAAGACGCAAGAAGACAGGCAAGCCGCUGAGGAAGAUGACGAGCCUGAAGAAGUAGUCGCCGAUGUACCAUCGCUUGAAGGCAAAAUCGUAAAUAGGGCUGGCAAAAUCCUUGACGAGUACUGCACGAUAAUUGGAGUUGUUGUGGAAGGCGAUCGUGAAAAGCUCGCAGGUAGGAAUGUUGACCAACGUGGUGAGAUCUGGGAUGAUGAAGGCCAUGUCAUUGGCCGAGUGGAAGAAUAUGUGGAGGCUACAUCGCCGACGUCGUUGACAGACAGUCUACCGAAAGCACAACAAGACACUACUUGGUAUCCGAAAGUCACGACGCUCCAUCCCCGUUUGAGAGCGUCACGUAGAAUAGAGGUUGAACCAGAGGCUUCGAAUCUUGGUGCUCUGAAUAAAAAAAUGGAGACCAUGACAUACGAAUACAGCCGCGAGUAUGACAGCUCUUUACCAUCUAUCCAACAAAUGCAAGAAUGGGAGCGAAGUCGUCUCGAAUUUGGAGACAUUCUGAGACCAGAACGCUAUAUGCGGUCCUCUCCAAGUCCUGACAUGGACGACAUGACCGACCAACUGAAGCCUCAUUCUGAAUUCAUUGACUGUGAAGCAGAGGAAGCGGCUGGAGAUUCAGCUAUUACCACAGAUUCAUACCAGGCCCCACAGCACAUGCUCCAAACGCCGGCCCAGAUCGCGUCGAUGGUCACCCAACUAGAUCAGCCAAUGCAAAAGGAGUCAAAGGUGCCCAUAUUCAAAAAGUUCGUCCCUUCGCUGGGUUCACCAGAUCCAUUGUCAGAAGAAACCCUAACGGUGGAGCAAAACGAUGGAGCGUCCAAGUACACGCUUUGGGCAGACUUGAGCCUCGAGAGAGAAAAGUUCAAUGAUCCGGAGAGCGAUCCUUGUUUCACUGAAGGGAAGAGAGUUGUGUCGCCCAGAAAAGAGCUCGGCAAAAAGACUUCGGCUAUGGGUGCUUCGAUUGAAGAUCGGACAAAGACAUUGUUAUAUGAUAUUCGGCCACCCUCCUAUUCUAGAUGCCUUAGAAGACGUUCCUCAAGAACUCCACCACCAGCUCGAAGGCGCUACCAAGGACGCAGACGGAAAAUAUCUAGCUCACCGAGGAGAAGGUCAGGAAGGAGUCCCAAAUACUCAAGCUACAGCAGCUAUAGUAGAAGCGGCAGUUGGAGCAGGACAGUACACACUCCACCGAUUGAGACUAGCAAUGAGAAUCCGCGAACAGACACAAAAUCGGUCGAGAGCAAGGCAAGGCUAAGACCGGCCUCUGCAAACCACGCUGGAACAGUCACUGAACCACAAAGCAAAGAAUUGAAACAGGGUUCAACUGAUGUAACUAGUUGGUCUGGAACGAAAGACAAUUGGUGCAGCAAAGAUACUCAUUACGAGGAAAAUGGGUUUACAGAGGUUGAGUACUCGGACCCGCACGUUGACUUCGGCGCGGAGCCAAUGUUGAGGGCGAGUUAUGAUCGCGAGGCACCACCAGUCAGGACCACACACAAGAGACGCUGGAGUAUGAGUGAUGAAGACCUCAGUGAUACAGCGCCCGUCAAACGUCCUAAGUCCGAAGUGGUCAACACAACUCCGAGAAUUGUGACGACUAGUGCCGUACUCAACGAGCUCCUCUCCGCCUGGACCAAUAUCGGGUCAAUCGUAUCGACACAAUCGAGUUCGCUACCGGACCCACGCCUUAACGUAAGAGGACUUCCUGCAAUCUGA